AGGGGGGACCCGGCGGGCGGGCAGUGCUUCUGGCGGCCCGGGUUCCGAGCCCGAGCGCUUCAGUUCCUCGCCGCUUUCCAGCACUGCCCAUGCAGGGACCAGGCGGGCAGUGAGCAGCACUCGCCGGAGACAGUGCCUCUGCAGAGCUUCGCUUCCAGCGCCUCCCACCAUGUCCCAGCAACGCCUUUGGAGGCACCGGCGGUGCCCGCACCGAAUACCAGCAGUGGCAAGAUGCAGCAGCAGCAGCCGCAGCCUAGCUCCAGCGAGUCCGCCUCUAAACGGCAGCCCGAUGCCCAGCCGGUGCCCGAGCCGGCGGUGAGCAGCGGUGCGGUGCCCAAGCGUGUUCCGGCUGGACAGCGAAGUCGGGCGCGUCGCUCGUGCACGGGUCGCAUCCAGCGCCAGGCGUCCGUGUGCCUCCCCUGGGACGAGGAACCUCAGUGCAGCCACUGGACCACGUGCCCCCAGCCGCGCCGGCUCUCCAUUCCCGCGCGGCUGGUGCCCCGAGACCUGUCCGGUGAAGGCUGGUGCGAAGUGCCUAGCCCACUUAGGGAGUCUGCCAGCACAGAGGCUCCAGGAAUCCUGGAGCAGGGCCUGGAUCGGAUGGCCCGUCUUCUCAAGUCGCGGUCCCUGGAAGAAGAGGGCACACCGGCGGUCCUCUACAACGAUAUUGGCAGCAAGGAAAACGUGCACCACGAAGAAGACUCCCUUUCUUCCCCCGGGCUCUCUCCAGAAAGCGACGACGAUGACAACAGCGAGGACCCAGAGACGGUCCGGAUGCAGUACCGUCAGCUCUGGGAGCUUAGGGCUACCUUCGAGGAAGAAGAGACGACCGACUGCGUCGAAGACCUGUCCUCCGGGUCUCACGGCGUGGCCUCCCGCCUCUGCAAUGACGAGGAAGAGGACGACAGACCUCCCUGUGGGUUCAGUACGUCUCAGGAGUCUGAGGCAACCGACGACCCGGCUCGCGCGCUCAACCUUUCCAGCGACGCCCGCAGGCAAAACUACAAGGUCCUCCUUGCCCGGAGACUGCACCGCAAGACGGAGAGCUCGGCUGACAACAGCUUUGACAGCAUGGAGACGGACUGCUCGUCGACGGACGCCAGCCGCACCGAGGGUGGCAUGACCACGUCCUCGUUCGACUCGACCACGGACAACACUGAUGGCGACGGUCAGAUGGGGCAUCAGUCGCGGUUACAGCAGAUGAAGGCCGACAGCGGUUACCGCUCCAUGGAGAGCACCAACGGGAACAAGCUGUCCAGGAAGAACGUGCUGGCCGGCCAGGAAGGCGGCUCAUCCAGGCGGAGCAGCGCCCUCCGGAAGCGGCGUCAACUCGAGGGCGCCCAAGGGCAGGCGUCUUCGGACGACGGCGCCUCCGCGUCCGCGGCGGCUGGUGCCCCCACCGACGAGCCCUCGUCGGAGCAGCCGGAGUCGAGCUAUUACGACGUGCACGGAAAGAUGUCCGUGUUCCACCGCUUCUUCCGCUCGAGUCGCCGCAGCAGCCGGUCAUCCAGCUCCAAGCGGAUCCUGCUGAGGGACUACAGCAUCGACUAUCGGUCGGAUCAGCUCUUCAGGAAAUUCUCCAGUCAGGAUCCAGUCGAAGACACCGCUCAGGACACUUCCUUGGCAGCCAGUCCUCGGUUAAGCUCUACUCGGCUGCUGUCUCCGCAACUGAGCAUCGAAGAGGAAGAAGGUUCCGACGCUUCAGCCAUGGAUGACGACUGGAAGGCGCCCUGUUGCGAAGCACCCGUCGCAGCGUUGCCAACCGACUAAGUGCGGCAAAAUGACACACGCGUUUUUUCGAACUUGCUCUUUCUAACGCCCUGUUUGUUCGUUGGUUCGUUUAUGGCGUGUGUAUUGUUUCCAUGAAGUGUGACUCGUGGUCGCGGUGGAAAAUGACAUUUCGUACAGCGGCCGUUCUGAGAAUGCCGGGCAAUACGGUGGCUCGGUGUCAUUUAGUGCUUUGAUCUCUCUUGGACGACUUUCCGAAUGGGCCGGUUCAGAGCUUUUGGUUUCGAACAAGCCGUAUGUCGUGCUUAGCAGCAAACCUGGAAGGGAAAUCUGAGGGUGCGUGUCACUUGAAGGUAUCCUCAUGACCUCAGUCCGCGUACUUCUGAAUGCUACUACUCCUGUUUGCUUGGGGCUUCCUUAAAAAUUAGGGGGAAAGGGUGUUUGCAGUUUUCAUGAGAUUAGCUUAUCAAAACAAAGAAGUGCCACAAGGUAAAAUGUGUCGUAUUAGUGUGUUUAUUAUAAGCGAAACCAGUCUGCCUGUUAUAUCGCAUCUUAUGUCACCACUGUAAAGUAGCAAUUUCACCUCUUCAGUACGACGACUAGAGGUGUAUUCACUGGACGCCAUAUUUGGGUGCACUGUUCAACGCGCAUGCUCAGAACAGGUUAACAUUUACAGGCUGCUAAGAUAGGCAGUCUUGAUGGUGUGGAGUACGUGUCGCAAAACAACUGUAGAGGCUCGCCGUGAGCACAAGCUCAGCUGCUGCGGACUCGGCCAUUCGCGGCGAGAAGUUUGAGGAUCGCCGCCAGGUGGAAUUUUUUCACAACCCAGAGUGAGGAUACUUCCAUUUCCUCUGCUGCUAUAAACAGGUGCAACGCGAAUCUUUUUUGCACUAUGAAAAUUAAAACAUCACUGCGUGAGCAGCACGUCCGCUACCCAUAGUGAGGAAAACAGCAGCGCCCAUCGCGAGCUUCUCACCGCGAAUGGCCCCAGUGAAUACUCCCUUUACAUCUGAAAGUGUAACGUGCAUCACGUUACGCUUUCAGACCAUACCAACCAUACCAUACCACUCCAUACCAUACCACACCAUACCAUACCAUACCAUACCAUACCAUACCGUACCAUACCAUACCGUACUGUACCAUACUAUACCACACCAUACCAUGCGUUACCGUAGCGUAUCGUACAAUAUACCAUACCAUACCGCACGUGGAGUUGCCAAGUCACCUGUUUGUUUCACCGCACUCACUUUCUCCUCGUUGACGACCUUGUUGUUUCCCUGAGGAAAAAAAAAACAAAAAACGCUCGCCGCCGGCCUGCGCCUACAACCAAACAGAAUGGUGAAUCAUAUUAUAAAGUGGAUGAGCACGGCGGAAACACCUACCAAAUACUCACACCGAUAAACCUCACUCCGCAGUCCGAAUUAGGCUGGAAUGGGCACCAGCCAUCUGGACCGGCCCAUGAGGAAAGCCGCCCAUUUCGUUGUCUUUCUGGAGCGAACCAGGAGCGCCCGAUGCUCGCCUGUUUAGCUUAGCGUGCCAGGUUAGGCUCGCGCUGGCACGCGAUCUAAAAUAGCCACAGAGGAGCUCUCGGAACGUUCCAGAAAGUCCGAGAGAAGGAAGACGACCAUUGUUUGACGGGGACGUUUCUCGGGGCCUUUUUGUACAAUGAACGUGUUACACUGUGCGUCUCCUAC